AUGUGUGGAAACUACUACGGUAACUCCUGUGGCUCUGGCUGUGGAUACGGCUAUGGCUGUGGAUUUGGCCCCUAUUAUGGCCGUGGCUAUGGAUCCGGAUAUGGCUGUGGCUAUGGAUCCGGAUAUGGCUGUGGCUAUGGAUCCGGAUAUGGCUGUGGCUAUGGAUCCGGAUAUGGCUGUGGCUAUGGAUCCGGAUAUGGCUGUGGAUAUGGCUCUGGCUGUGGCUAUUGGGGCUACCGGCCACUGUGCCAUAGAAGAUGUUACUCUUCUUGCUGCUAG